AUGAUUAAUGAGUACCGCAACGGACGCACACCGAACCCUGAUGUUCUUUGCAACACAAGGAUAAAGUUUGGAGCUUUCCUAGAAGCAAUUGAAAACUUGGGGUUUGAUUACAUAGCCUCAGGACAUUAUGCACAUGUAGUCCAUCCACCCGUUGAGAAUGCUGAAGGGCCAUCGGUGCUCCAACUUUCGAAAGACGAGGAUGAAGUUCGCAGUCUGGCUGUUCAGAUGGGCCUUCCUAACCAAUAUAGAAAGGAUUCCCAGGGGAUAUGUUUUCUUGGAAAGGUCAAAUUUAGCGAGUUUGUUCAAAGACAUAUAGGAGAAAUGGAGGGUAUACUUCUUGAGGCUGAAACUGGAGAUUACCUAGGGACACACCGUGGGUUUUGGUUCUAUACGAUUGGUCAGCGACAAGGUUUGCGACUUUCUGGAGGACCUUGGUAUGUUGUGGAGAAAGAUGUGCAAAAUAAUGUGGUUUUUGUAUCAAGGAAUUACUAUUCACUGGAUAAGAGGAGGCGAACGUUUCGUGUUGGAUCGCUAAACUGGUUUAGCGAUUCUGGACCAGCAGACAAUGAAUUCCUCAGAUGCAAGGUACGGCACAGUCCUGAUUUCCAUGAUUGCACCGUGACAAAAGAGCAAACCGAAGAGAACGGAGACGUUUUGGCGGUGCGUCUGUCCGAAGACGACCAGGGUUUAGCAGCUGGCCAGUUUGCAGCGUUCUACCGUGACAGUGUGUGCCUGGGGUCAGGCAUAAUCCUGGAUUCCUGGGACGAAAUGAGCUUCCCUGUGUGCGCAAAGGCGCUAGAAACCGCUAGGAUGGAGGACAAGUCCAAGCUGGGGAAGCCCGUAAGGAUCAUGAACCUGGAGCACCUGGUGAAACCAGAGCCGGAGCCGGCCAAGGUCGCUUGA